UACCUCGGUCCUACACAUUUGUUCAAGCAAGUCCACACCUCACAAGGUAUCUUUGUUUGAUCUCCUACAAGCCUACCAUGGAAGGAACCUGUCUCUGUGGCGCAGUUAGGGUUGAAGUCAAAGACGAUAACCUUUUUGGAGGUCAAAGACGAGGCCAUGUCUGCCAUUGCACCAACUGCAGGAAGACGGCUGGCACAGCUGCGGCCACAAACCUGUUGAUCGAGAGUGAUAAGGUGGUCCUGAGUGGUGAGCACAAUUUAAAAGAGUAUAUAGACACGCAAACUCUCAGCGGAACGCCACUUAGCCGAUACUUUUGCUUCACCUGUGGAAACCCAAUCAAAUCAGUCACCUCGCUUUAUCCAGGGAAGGUCAUAUUGAAAUUAGGCAUUUUCCCCAAGAUUCCGGUGCCAGAAUGGGAGUCUUUCGCGUCGCAACGCCAGAGUUGGGAAAAGCCUAUCGAUGGUUGUGUGCAAUAUAAGACCAAAAGUCUCGGGGAGGAAUUGAAAAUAGAAUGAACGGUUCGAGCACAUAUGUAGCUGUGUCUUAAGUUGGCUUCAUUCAGUCAUCGUUGGUUUCAAAUGUUGCUCAAUCAUAUCCCCGCC